AUGUUUAUUUGUUGUGGAAAGAAAUAAAAAAUUGAAAUUGCAAACUUGAGAUCGCAGCCGUUGCAGAGUGUGAAGAUGCAAUUGCAGGAGGACAGCAUCGAUGCCAAAUUCGAAUUUCACUUAGAUGUAUUGAAAUAGCAUAGAUUGGUAGAAAUUCUAAUGGAAAUUGAUUCGGGAUGCAACAGGGGAAGAGUUGGUCAGACAAUAAUAGAAAUAGAAGGAGAAGGAGCGAUUGAAAUUGGAAUAGCAGCAGAAGUUGUAGAAGGAAGAUGAGGAAUUGCAGAGGUUACAGAGUUAAAUUGAAUAACAAACAUUUGUUUAAAAGGAGAAGAAGUAAUUGCAUGAUUAAUUGAAUGAUCUUUUCACGAAGUUGAAAAAGGACUAUUUGAUCACUUAGAUCAAGAAUGAAUUGCUGAAGAAGAUGAUAGAAGAUGAUAAAAAACAGAUGGGCGAAAUUACAAACUACGAGUUUGCUAAAAGUUGA